AUGGUGGUGCGCGAGGACUUCCCGCUCGCCGCCACCGUAUUCCCGUCGCUGGAAGACCUGCACAUCGGCGAGUGCACGCUCGCUGCAAGUAUGAGAGUCACGUCGAACACCAUGCCUCGUCUCAAUCACCUCCGCUUCACCGACGUCAACGUGAGGACGGAUGACACCAAAACCGCCGUCACCGUGCUCGCCGAUGACCUCAGGACUCUCCGCAUGUCAUGCCGUUGGUACAGCAAGACUGAAUCGCCAUGGGAGCCGCUGUUGUUCUUGUGUCACUCGGGCAUCACAGCCGUGUUCACCAAAUACUCGUUGUUCCGCUUACGCGCACCCAAGCUGGCGGUGUUCGAGUGGCGAUGCUGCUAUGCUGACGAGGUGCGCAUUGAGGCCGUUGGCCGCCUCUCCGAUGUCGCCAUCGAGGUUGACGCCGGUAGGAAGCGCACGCCGACUCCGAUUGGCACGGAACCCAAGUACGUGACAAUACAACAACGUGACAAACUUGUGACCGACAUCCUUCAAGGGCUUAUGCCUGGGCUGCAGCCACGCACUUGGAAAGAUGUGACGAGAGUCAAAUACCCCCACGUGGGCAAGGAGUUCUUACCUGACGCGGACGCCGGCGCCUGGAGCCUCCAGCUGCCGCCCGCUACGGCCGAGCUGCAGGUGCUGCCCUUCUGGUACGCCGUGAGGCCGCCGCGCAUCCACGGCGUCGGCGCCGGCGUCAGCGCCAUUCGGGGACACGGUGGUGCGCGAGGACUUCCCGCUCGCCGCCACCGUGUUCCCAUCGCUGGAGGACGUACACAUCGGGAGUGCACACUCGCUGCCAGUACGAGCGUCACGUCGGACACCAUGCCACGCCUCAAACACCUCCGCUUCACCGACGUCAGCGUGAGGACGGAUGACACCAAAGCCACCAUCACCGUGCUCACCGAUGACCUGAGGACUCUCCGCAUGUCAUGCCGUUGGUACAGCAAGACUGAAUCGCCAUCGGAGCCGCUGUUGUUCUUGUGUCACUCGGGCGUCACAGCCGUGUUCACCAAAUACUCGUUGUUCCGCUUACGCGAACCCAAGCUGGCGGUGUUCGAGUGGCGAUGCUGCUAUGCUAACGAGGUGCGCAUUGAGGCUGUGGGCCGCAUCUCCGAUGUCGCCAUCGAGAUUGACGCCGGUAGGACGCGCACGCCGACUCCGAUUCGCACGGAACCCAAGUACGUGACAAUACAACAACGUGACAAACUAGUGACCGACAUCCUUCAAGGGCUUAUGCCUGGGUUGCAGCCGCGCACUUGGAAAGAUGUCAUGAGGUAUAUGUAUACUCCACUUUAA